AUGGCAUACGCGGUUGAAAUCAUAGCAUCAGCGGCUUUGAGAGGAGUGGAGUACACUGCGCAAUUAUUGGAUCGACCGACUGCAGUGGAAACAGUAGUAGACAUUUUGGAAUCGGUUCUCGAUGCACAAUGGGUGGUCGAAAACGAAGGUUGUGUAGAGCCGACACCUCAUCCACAUCGUCCUCCUAAAGAGCAAGAGGUCAGAUGUAUGCGAUUACAGAACUGUCCACCAAUGAUUGCCUUAUCUGCUGCUUUGCGUGACUCACUCGUGGAAGUGCGAGCGACGUUAAAAUGUGCAGCGGUUCGAGCUAUUGGUGAGUUGAUGCAAACUUUGUUCUUUACCUUU